UACGGUGGCAGUGAGUAAGCGCCACACGCAGUCGCGUCUUCUUCUCUUUCUCUUCUCUUCUAUUCUCUUCUCCUGUUUAAGAACCCUAAAAUCUCUGCGUCUCGCAAGGCCUUAAAAGAAGAAUAAAAUUUAAAUAAUAAUGCCUCCAAAAGCUUCAAAAUCGAAAGAAGCACCAACUGAGCGACCUAUUCUCGGUCGAUUCUCUUCUCACCUUAAGAUUGGCAUCGUUGGAUUGCCAAAUGUUGGCAAAUCUACGCUUUUCAACACACUUACAAAGUUGUCAAUCCCUGCUGAGAACUUCCCUUUUUGCACCAUUGAGCCUAAUGAAGCUCGUGUCAAUAUCCCUGAUGAGCGAUUUGAGUGGCUUUGCAAAUUAUUUAAGCCAAAAAGCGAGGUUCCAGCUUUCUUGGAGAUCCAUGAUAUAGCUGGACUAGUUAGAGGUGCUCAUGAAGGACAGGGGUUGGGCAACAGUUUCCUCUCUCAUAUCCGUGCAGUUGAUGGCAUUUUCCAUGUGCUACGUGCAUUUGAAGAUCCAGACAUUAUCCAUGUUGAUGACUCCAUUGACCCUGUGAGGGACUUGGAGGUCAUUAGUUCAGAGUUACGGUUAAAGGAUAUUGAAUUCAUGGAAAGGAGGGUAGAAGAUAUAGAGAAGAGCAUGAAAAGGAGCAAUGAUAAACAGUUAAAAAUAGAACAUGAAUUAUGUCAAAAGGUCAAGGCCUGGCUUGAGGAUGGAAAGGAUGUUCGUCUAGGGGAUUGGAAAGCUGCUGAUAUUGAGAUACUGAAUACUUUUCAACUACUCACUGCAAAGCCUGUGGUUUACUUGGUGAACAUGAAUGAGAGAGACUACCAAAGAAAAAAGAACAAGUUCUUACCAAAGAUUCAUGCUUGGGUCCAGGAGCAUGGAGGUGAACAAAUUAUUCCUUUCAGUUGUGUGUUGGAGAGAAAUCUUGCUGAUAUGCCGCCAGAUGAAGCUGCAAAAUAUUGUGAGGAGAACAAGGUACAGAGUGCCCUUCCAAAAAUCAUCAAGACUGGUUUUUCAGCGAUUAAUCUCAUAUACUUCUUCACAGCAGGACCUGAUGAGGUGAAGUGUUGGCAAAUUAGACGGCAGACAAAGGCUCCUCAGGCUGCAGGGACCAUCCAUACUGACUUCGAGAGAGGGUUUAUUUGUGCUGAGGUGAUGAAAUAUGACGAUCUGAAGGAACUUGGUAGUGAGGCAGCUGUUAAGGCUGCUGGAAAGUACAAGCAGGAAGGGAAAACCUAUGUGGUCCAAGAUGGAGACAUAAUCUUUUUCAAGUUCAAUGUUUCCGGGGGUGGGAAGAAGUGAGAAUCUACUUGCUCAAUAGGUGAUCAUCACAUGGGCCAUUCCAUCGAUUUAUUUUACUGCUAUAUAUUUUUAUUUUAAGCUUUAAUUGUAGUAAUAAUUUAAAAUCUGUAUUUUACCAUAGUCGUAACCAAAAAGGGUCCAUUUAUACAUGAAGAAGAGGGUGUCUAUCAGCAUUCUUUCUUUUUGUCACGAAAAUGUCCAUCAUGUCUCAUCAUGGAGAAAACCGCUUCUUUGUAUGUCUAUAGUCUAAUGGAAGAGGUUUCUGCAUGAUUUUACUUGAUAGAGACUUUAUUCACUUUGAGCUUUUAGUUAGGGUGGUUUCGAGUUGAAAUAUUUUUAUGUUUGGUUUGAAUAGAUUGAACUCGAGUUGCAUAACAAUUUUUCUUCUUUAUUUUCGAUGAUUCUUCCUUUUCAUCAUUGUUGACUA